UUGACAUGGAGGAUACAUAUUAGAAAUGUGCAUUAGUAAUUAUUUCCUCCCUGUAUCUAAUGUUUGCCUCGUCAUUCUGUAUUUCAGGUACCGGUCUGGGGUUAGGAAUUGUAUUUUCUGUCCUGUUCUUCAAAAGACGUACAUGGCCUAUUACGUUAUUCUCUGGAGCUGGACUUGGCAUGGCGUAUGCCAACUGUCAGCAUGACCUGAGGUCACAUUAUCUGCUGCACACAAGUGAACAGCAGGAGCAGUGAUUUCCACCCAUCAAGAUGUUUUUUAUCUUUAUUUUUGCAUUAAUUUUGUUAAUGCUUUUGGAGUGUCAAGGUUUGCAAUACGGUAAAUUUAAAUUUGUCUUCCUCCAGAUAAACCGUCCCAAUAAUGAUUGUAAGACUUGUUUCUGCCUGAUGAGUGCAAUCUGUGUGAAUUUAAUAAAAUAAUCAUUAAUUAUA